CUACAACCAUCGAGUGAAUGAAGUCAGCUGACCCUUCCUAGUUGCUUAUUUCUCAUCGGUUUUUUUCGGCAAAACAGGCUCAAGAGAUCUCGGCUCCCUUUCCUCAUUUCAGGCACACAUUUUCAACAUGGACUUCUCCAAGCUGCCCAAGAUUCGAGAUGAGGAGCGUGAGGGACAGUUUGGAUAUGUGCACGGCGUGUCUGGACCUGUCGUGACGGCCUCCAGCAUGGCCGGGGCAGCCAUGUAUGAGCUGGUGCGUGUGGGCCACAGUGAGCUGGUGGGAGAGAUCAUCCGGCUGGAGGGUGAUAUGGCCACCAUUCAGGUGUAUGAGGAAACCUCUGGUGUGUGUGUUGGCGACCCGGUCCUGCGUACAGGGAAGCCCCUUUCUGUCGAGCUGGGUCCUGGAAUCAUGGGCUCCAUCUUUGAUGGUAUUCAGCGUCCUCUCAAAGACAUCAAUGAUCUGACCAAGAGCAUCUACAUCCCCCGAGGAGUGAACAUCGGUGCCCUGAACCGCGACCUCAAAUGGGAGUUUUCUCCCUCCAAGAGUCUACGAGUUGGCAGUCACAUUACUGGAGGUGACAUCUAUGGUAUGGUUUUUGAGAACUCUCUUAUUAAGCACAAAAUCAUGCUGCCACCCAGAAACCGGGGGACCGUCACCUAUCUGGCCCCACCUGGGAACUAUGACGUCUCGGAUGUGGUGUUGGAGCUGGAGUUUGAGGGGGUGAAGGAGAAAUUUACCAUGGUGCAGGUGUGGCCGGUGCGUCAGGUCCGACCCGUCACUGAGAAACUGCCUGCUAAUCACCCCCUGCUAACUGGCCAGAGAGUGUUGGAUGCCCUCUUCCCAUGUGUGCAGGGAGGGACCACAGCCAUCCCAGGAGCUUUUGGAUGUGGCAAAACUGUGAUUUCUCAGUCCUUGUCCAAGUACUCCAACAGUGAUGUCAUCAUCUAUGUGGGCUGCGGAGAGCGUGGUAAUGAGAUGUCAGAAGUACUACGCGAUUUCCCUGAGCUAACUAUGGAGGUGGAUGGCAAAGUGGAAAGUAUCAUGAAGAGAACAGCUCUGGUAGCCAACACCUCCAACAUGCCUGUGGCAGCCAGAGAGGCCUCUAUUUACACAGGAAUCACUUUGUCCGAGUACUUCAGGGACAUGGGAUACAAUGUGAGCAUGAUGGCUGACUCCACUUCUCGAUGGGCCGAGGCUCUGAGAGAAAUCUCUGGUCGUCUGGCUGAAAUGCCUGCUGAUAGUGGAUAUCCUGCCUAUUUGGGUGCACGUCUGGCUUCAUUUUAUGAGCGUGCUGGCCGGGUGAAAUGCCUUGGUAAUCCAGAGAGGGAAGGCAGCGUUAGCAUAGUGGGCGCUGUGUCUCCCCCUGGUGGUGAUUUCUCAGAUCCUGUGACAUCUGCUACUCUCGGUAUUGUACAGGUGUUCUGGGGUUUAGAUAAGAAACUGGCCCAGAGAAAGCAUUUCCCCUCAGUAAACUGGUUGAUCAGCUACAGUAAGUACACACGAGCACUUGAUGAAUACUAUGACAAGCACUUCCCUGAGUUUGUGCCACUGCGCACAAAAGCCAAGGAGAUUCUGCAGGAGGAAGAGGACCUGGCUGAGAUUGUACAGCUUGUGGGCAAGGCUUCACUGGCUGAGACUGACAAAAUCACACUGGAAGUUGCUAAAUUGAUCAAGGAUGAUUUCCUGCAGCAGAAUGGUUACACGCCUUAUGACAGGUUCUGUCCAUUCUACAAGACGGUGGGCAUCCUGUCGAAUAUGAUCGCCUUCUAUGAUAUGGCUCGGCAUGCAGUGGAGUCCACUGCACAGAGUGACAACAAGAUCACCUGGGCCAUGAUCCGUGAACACAUGGGAGAGAUCCUGUACAGGAUCAGCUCUAUGAAAUUUAAGGACCCUGUAAAGGAGGGUGAGGCCAAGAUUAAAGCUGACUAUGCCCAGCUGCAUGAGGACAUGCAGAACUCCUUCCGCACGCUGGAGGACUAAGUCCCUUUCUGAGUCCAGUCAGCCUGUGGGGCAGUGCGCUUAUCCUCUUGUCCCUCUGACGCUCUCCUCUCCUCUCCACACAUUCCACUGCUCUGCUUUCCCUUGUUCUUAUGUAGCAGUAGUAGCCUGAAGUGUCUAGCCAUUCCUGCACAUCAAUGAACAAGUUUGAUCAUCUUUGUGUGUUUUGGAUGUAUUUUCAUACCUAAAAAUCUCAGCACUGCUUCAUUCUCCAGUGUAUUGUUUUUUUUUUUGAUAUCAUCCUAUCUAUAGUUAUAGAUUUCAUGUUUGGUGUAAUUAUCGUUCCAUUUUCUCUGUACAGAAGAUCUGAGAGACGUGAUUACUUAAAGUUACUAUUUAUUGCCGGCAGUUGUUGUGGUUGCCUGUGUUUUUUGUUGUUUUGGUUUAGUUUUUGUGUUUUAAGCUGUAUUGUCCAGUGUAUCCGCUGUACGAUUGGAGCAUUGCACUUCUAUUCUGCACUGCUCGUGUAACAGAGUUUAAAUGCCGAAAGAAUAAAAUAAUGUCAAAUUUA